AUGGCAGGAGGGAGACCUCAGCUGAAGAGGAGUUUCUCCAUCAUUCCCUGCUUUGUCUUCGUGGAGUCAGUGCUGCUGGGCGUGGUGGUCCUGCUUGCUUACCGCCUGGAGUUCACGGACACCUUCCCUGUGCACACCCAGGGCUUCUUCUGCUAUGACAGUACUUAUGCCAAGCCCUACCCGGGGCCUGAGGCUGCCAGCCGAGCACCUCCUGCACUUAUCUAUGCUCUGGUCACCGCUGGGCCCACCCUCACGAUAUUGCUGGGGGAGCUGGCUCGUGCCUUUUUCCCCACACCACCCUCAGCCAUCCCCAUCAUCGGGGAGAGCACCAUCAUUUCUGGGGCUUGCUGCCGCUUCAGCCCCCCACUGAGGAGGCUGGUCCGUUUCCUAGGGGUCUACUCGUUUGGCCUCUUCACCACGACCAUCUUCGCCAACGCGGGGCAGGUGGUGACAGGCAACCCCACACCGCACUUCCUGUCCGUGUGCCGCCCCAACUACACGGCCCUGGGCUGCCUGCCGCCCUCACCAGACCGGCUAGGGCCGGACCGCUUUGUCACGGACCAGGGUGCCUGCGCCGGCAGCCCUAGCCUGGUAGCCGCUGCACGCCGCGCCUUCCCCUGCAAAGACGCUGCACUUUGCGCCUACGCGGUUACCUACACAGCGAUGUAUGUGACACUGGUGUUCCGUGUGAAGGGCUCCCGCCUGGUGAAACCCUCUCUCUGCCUGGCCCUGCUGUGCCCCGCCUUCCUGGUGGGUGUGGUCCGUGUGGCAGAGUACCGAAACCACUGGUCUGAUGUGUUGGCCGGCUUCCUGACCGGAGGUGCCAUUGCCACCUUUCUGGUCACCUGUGUCGUGCACAACUUCCAGAGCCGGCCACCCUCCGGCCAAAGGUUCUCCCCCUGGGAGGGCCUUAGCCAAGCUCCCACCAUGGACAGCCCCCUCGAAAAGUUAAGUGUGGCCCAGGAACCCGAGGCCUGCAGGCCGCAUUCGACACCGGCACGGCUCACCCCAUCCAAGCCGCAGAACUGCACCCGCCGUGGCCACCUGAUCCCAAGCUGUGUGUCCUCCAGGGCUCCAGCCAUGUGUUCGUCACCCCGUGUGCCCCGUCCUCGAUUGAGAUCUGAGCCAACGCCUCUACCACUGCCCUUGCCCCUGCCAGCACCAACCCCAAGCCAGGGCCCCUCACCCUCCUCUCCUGGGCCUGGGGGGCCAGGUGGGGGUGGUGGACGUGGCCGGAAGCUGUUGCUGCCCACACCCCUGCUUCGGGACCUGUACACCCUUAGUGGACUCUAUCCCUCCCCCUUCCACCGGGACAAUUUCAGCCCUUACCUGUUUGCUAGCCGUGACCACCUGCUGUGAGGCCUGACCACCCACCCAGAAUCUGCCCAGUCCUCAUUUUUUCCCUGCCACACGUGUGUGUGUGCACCGUGUGAGUGCCAAAGCCCCCUGUCCCCAAACUAGCCAGGCCCAGACAUCAGAGGAUGGCUGGAAGGACAUUUGGGGGACCCCCUGCCUCUCAGCCUCUGGGAGAUAUCUCCUAGUGGGUAUAACUGGGAGGUGGGCCCUUGCCCCCUAGGAUUGCCCUUUUAAGGGCCAAAUCCUGACCCCAUUGGCCAUUGCCCAGCCAAUGGGAGCUUCCAGUUCUUUGAAUUCUAACCAAGAGGAGUUCACUCUAGCCAAUGGGAACCUCCUCUUCACUUCUUAGAAUCCUCAGGCAAGAGGGCAACUCCAGCAAGUGUUCAGCAAAUGAACAACCAAUAGGAGCCCUUGGUUUUCAGAAUUUCUAGGGUGGGUGGGUAUGAUUCCAGAUAAUGGGGGACCGCCCAUGUCUAAGCAUGUGCAAAAUUGAGGAGGGAGAUGGGUUCAUCCUUUGUAACUGAGUCUUUUUUCCUCAGGAUCAGAAUCCAGCCAGAGGGUGGGGGGCAGGCUCCCCCAUGGCAGGGUCCUUGGUGCCCUCUCAGUCCCUCCACCAUGUGCACCCUCUCACCUUGUCCCUCCUCUCUCUCUACUUAUGCAGGGCUUGUCCAGUUCAGAGAUUUUGUGGUUCAGGGUGCUGUCUUCCUUUGCCAAUGCCCAGGUCACCCCAAACCCUUCUGUUAUUUAUU